UUGGCUCCAGCCACUCGCUUCUGGGCUGCCUGACAUCUGCGGCAUGCCCGCCCCACCGGGGCCAACUGCCAUGGCCAUGGCAAGUGAAGCAGAAGGCAACGCAGGCAACGUCAAGGAUCGUCCUGAUGUACUCAGUGGCAGCACCACGGACGACGAGAACUUGGACUCGGAGGACGCGGCGUCGGCCGCGGAGGAUGCCGAGGGGUCGGCGUCCGACGCGGAGGGGCAGGAACAGGGUGCCGCCUCGCAGUCCGAGUCCCAGCAGUGCAGCUACCGCAGCCCCAGCCGUAGCGCGGCCUCGCGCAGUCGCUCGCGGAGGCCGCUGCGACGGAGGCAGCUGUGUUGGUUUGGCCGCAGCUGUAAGAGGAGAGACUGCUAUUUCCUCCAUCCGGAAGGGAAAGAAUCUCAAGCUCCCCAGACCCCGCGCCGUCGCCGCUUCGAAAAGCCGGGCCAUCGGCGCCGCAGCUGGCGGCGCAACGCCAAGGGCGAGCCCUGGCAGCACGACCAGCGCGGGCGCGAGGGGUCGGAAGCGGCCACGCCGCCAAAGCAUCGCAAGAGGAGUGAGGUUGCCAUCCCAGAUGACACCAAGCCGCCCACCGAGCCGCUGAAUUUCCGGGACUUUGUAGUGCAGAUGCCCGAGGGAACGCCGCCGGAUGUGGCUCUGGAGGCUUUCCAGAAGUACUUACGCGAGGCGUCCCAGAAGGACUUGGAGAAGGUGAAGGACACGGGAUUCUUCUUUGACAGGUAUGACCCCGUGGCACGUUUGCGAGCCUAUGACUUGCGGCUGCAUGAAGCGCGUUUGAACGCUUCCGUCUUCGUGACGGAUCUCUGCGAGGGCAGGUUUGACGGGUUGAAUCUCAGCACCACCGAGCGACCCAACAUGGAAGGCCGAUGUUCCGUCAGUGGCCAUUUGCAAGCGCCAGAGUUUGCCUUCGACCCUGACAUGGGCGCGCUGCUGAUCGAGGAUCUGCCAAAGCACCUGAGCGCUUGGGAGGUCUACGAAAGCCUGCAGGACUGCGGCGGCUUUUGCACCGCCUCCUGGAGCUCCACGUUGGCUCCGCGCAGCUUCCACGCGCGCUUCCGCAGCUCGCGGGAGGCGCGGCAGGCCAUGGAAGCGCUAGGGAAACUGCAACUGCUGAGGGAGGCCUGUGGGUUUGAUGGAAGUCACCUGGGAAAUCCUGGGAAAAUGAUGGAAACUCUGGGAAAACCUGGGAAAAUGAUGGAAAUUUUGGGGAAAACUCUUGGAUCUGGGAAAAACCAUGCACAUUGGGGAAGUCAAGGACAAUUCUUGAAAAAAUGA